CUAUAUGCCUGAUCAAAAAAACUACCUUGGAGUUAGACUGGGAAUCAUGUCAUCAUCGCUAUGUUAAUCCCAUAGUUUACAAAUUUGAACACCACCGGUCAAGCUAACAUAACCCGUCGAUGUGCCAAACAGGUGCCUUUACGUUCUGAUGUGUUGUGCUGAAACCUGUACAGUAAACACACCUGCCAAAUGAGGUUGAGGGGCCCGGUUCGCCCCUGGAUCCACGGUCCGGGCCUCUACCAUGUCCACGGCCCCACAAGGGUCUAUGGGGUCCGGAGAACCUACUGCACCCAGCCCCCCCCGGCUCCACGGGACCAUGGGGGCAAGGUUGCGGUGGUGCGUGAACAGACCAUGGCUGUGCUCCAGAACCUAACGAGCCUGGGGAAGGAGUGGGGCCAGAAGACCAUCACCACGGCCUCCGCCACCACCAACUACUGGUGGGGGCGCUACGAGGACUUUGUUGGCCUGAAUGAAGUCAAACAGGCUCAGACUCAGGUCACGGAGGCAGAGAAGGAGUUCAUGGUGGCCAGAGGGAUGGUAAGGGAGGCCCAUGGCAGCCUGGACACCCUGCUGGUCAGGCUGAAGGAGGUGAGGGACAGGCUGGACAGAGUCUCCAGGGAGGAGGCCCACUAUCUGGAGCUAGCCACCAUGGAACACAAGCUGCUGCAGGAGGAGCGUCGACUGCGAACGGCGUACGAGAACGCAGAGAGCAUGGAGCGGGAGAAGUUCAGCCUCUUCUCCGCCGGCGUGCGCGAGAGCCACGAGAAGGAGCGGACGCGCGCCGAGCGCACCAAGAACUGGUCUGUGAUUGGCUCGGUGCUGGGGGCUCUGAUAGGCGUGAUGGGGUCGACGUACGUGAACCGGGUCCGCCUGCAGGAGCUGAAGAGUCUGCUGCUGGAGGCCCAGAAGGGGCCGGUCAGCCUCCAGGAGGCCCUCAGGGUGCAGGCUGGGAUGCACCGCAGCCAGCAGGGCGAGCUGAGAGGCCUGAUCGACAGCCUGAGGACCACGCUGAGCCAGGACAGGCAGAGGGACGCCCAGAACGUAGACACCAAGCACACCUCGGCCCCUGCUCCAGCCCCGGUACCAGCACCAGUUCCAGCACCAAUACCAGUACCAGCCCCAAUACCAGUACCAGCCCCAGCCUCACCAGCCUCCCCAAGUGCCUCAGAGCUGGCCCUCAAGGCGCUGGUCCAGGGCAGCCAGAAGAGCCAGACUCUGCUGGAGCAGCUAGGAACUCGGCUGGGGGAGGUCCAGCAGGGCGUCUGCAGGGUGGGGGCAGAGGUGGAGGGAGUCAGGACUCUAGUGGAGAGCCUCCCCCCUGUGGUGGUGAUGGAGAAGCAGCCGGUCAUCCAGCCCCACGACUCCCAGCUGCUGGUCUGUGACACGGAGAGCGUCAUCCAGGGCCUGGGUCUGGUGGAGAAAAGGCUGGAGGCCCAGAUCAGCAGGACCUCGCUGUAUAACACUGUCCUCACAUGCACAGUGUUCGCUCUUACAGUCCCUGUACUGUAUGUGAUCUUUAGAGGUAGUUAAUUAAAUGUGUUAAUGAUCUAGACUGGGUUCAAAAGGUAAUGUGAGAUUAAGACUAGGUCGGGUUGGGGUCCUUCUUGAAUCAUGAUUUCAUAUCCUUAACUGAUAAACGGUCAUUCCUACUCUUAAUAGUUUACAUUCAGGGAAAUUAAACAUUGCACUGAAGUGAGAUUAAA